UUAGGUAGUGGCCUCUGGCAUUCUCUGUAAUGGAUAUCCCUGAGCUUGCAAGAAAAAACCCAAACAAACCAAUAAAAUGAGUUAAAAUUUGAGGCGAAUCGGGAAUCUAAUUAACAAUUACUGCUCAAUUUGUAGUAAAAGUUUCUUAAUAAAUUGUCCAACAAUCAAACGAAAUUGUUUUGGCCUGACCGCAUUAAAUAUUACUUCUCCAUAAGAAAUUGUAAGGUGUACAUAUCGACGAAGGACUUCAAGGAACAUUGUGUAUUGGGAGGCAACAUAGAAAUCUUGCUUAAGUUUUAUGAAAAUCAGCAAUGCAAAUGAACUCGAAUAUAUCUAUAGAGCGUAAGAGAAUAGAUUGCAAUGCUCUACCCAAAGGAUGGCAAAGAGAAGAAGUCUUGCGAAAAUCUGGAAUCUCAGCUGGAAAAGUUGAUGUCUACUACUACAGUCCUACUGGAAAACGUAUUGAUAGUAAGCCUCAAUUAGCUCGACAUUUGGGAGAUGCCAUAGAUCUAAGCAGUUUUGAUUUUCAAAAGGGAAAGUUUAUACUGCAUUUACCAGCACCGUCAAUAUCUUUAUAUCGUUGUUUGCCAGGAUCCGGAACGGGUGCUAGUGCAAGCACCUCUGGUAGUAGUGGUAGUGGUGGUGGCAGCAGUAUUACUAUAGUACCGCAAACCGGAAACUCAUUAAAGCGUAAACACAACGUUUUAAGUUCUGGUACAACGACGUCAUCGUCGUCGUCUUCGUCGAAUGUCUCCGCAUCUAAUACCAAGCAACAACAACAUUUAGAAUUCAGCCGAGCAAUGAGGACAGAUGUAUCAUUGGUGCCACCAAUACGACAAACAGCAUCCAUCUUCAAACAACCUGUCACAGUGAUACGCAAUCAUGAGGGAAAUAAGGUGAAACAUGACGCGAAACAUGGUGCCCAAGACAAACCAAAACAGUUGUUUUGGGAAAAACGCUUAGAAAACAUGCGUGCAUGUCAUGCCACCGGCGAACAAUUCGAUGAUAUUGUUCUUCCUAAAAGUCUUAAACCUCUGGGGCCAAACAUUCACGAACAGACGGUAAUGCAAUCGUUGGCUACAGCCUUGCACGUGCUUAAUACACCUGUGACUGGACAAACUGCCGCAAAGACUGAUUUUCAAAAAAACGCAGCAGCUUUUAUUAAUCCUGACCAACCUCUUAUGCAGGGUAUACUUAUUUCAGAGGAUGAUAUACGUCGACAAGAGGAUCGGGUGACAAUGGCACGAAGAAAGUUACAGGAAGCUUUAAAGGCUUGAAAUGACUUUUGGAUAAAAUGCCUACUUAUAGUUUAAAUAUUAAAUUACAAAUAGUUUCAUUUUCGUUUUAAGUUACAUUUUUUAUAUUGAAAUCACCUUUGUAUUGGGCAAGUAAAGUAAUUUGCUCUUUCGUUCUUAAAUGAAUAAGUUUUUCCUGUGGCAAAAAAUUUCAAUGAAACAUAGUUUAAUUUUCGUUAAGUAACAUUUUUUAUUGAAAUCAUCUUUUGUAUGGGGAAAGUAAAGUAAUUUCCUCUUUCGUAUUGCUAAAUUUAUAUAAUUGGAUUCGAUUUUGCUAUGGCAAACAAUUAAAAAAAAAGUUUUAGAAACCAACAUUUCAAGAACAGCAUAAAACAAAUUUAAUAAUUAAGGCUUAAUUUAAACCAAAAAAAUGUGGUUAUGUUUUCUGUCUUUUUUUGAAGAAAAAAGAAAAAUUGUGAUAUAAGUUGUAUGUAUAAUAUAACAAAAGCACAACUAACUAUACCUAUCACUUCAAAAACAACAUUGCGCGACUCAACAACUCCUCAUUCCUGAGUGUGGACUAGUUUUACUUGUCCCCCACUUCAUUUUCAAUAAAUGCAAUUUUCCCUCAUACAAAAAAAAAAAAAAAAAACAUUUUUAAAUUAUAAUAGUAACAGGAUUUCUAAUGAUAAAACACGCCACAUAUAAAAAAUGAAGGCAGUUUAUUUUUUUAAGACGGAUUUGCUUGUUUAGUCCAUAUCUUCUUCAUCUAUAUCAUCGUCAUCAUAUUGUAUGGGGCCAUCGUAGUAAUCAUUUGAACUGGAAAACUAAACGAACAAAAAUAAAUUACAAUAAAGUUUCUGUAUAGCCCAACAA